CGCCCACCAUAUUUUGUAUCAGUUCAACACCAGACAUCGCCAUCACCAGACACCGUUACGAUGUCGAGUUUGACAGAAAAACAACGCGCGUAUCACCUGCAGAAAAUGCGAACUCGAUUCACCAGGUUAGACUUGAAUCACGAUGGUUUCAUAUCUCGCGAAGACUACGAGCUCAUGGCCAAGAAAUUGCAAGAGUAUGGUAAAUUGAACGCCGAGAACGCCGAAUCGACACGCAAUGCAUUCAUGGCUGUUGCUGAUCUAUUGGAUCUGAAACCUGGAGUAAAGGUCCCUGUAGAAGAAGCAGCUAAAAAGGCAAACCGAGCAUUGUCGGUAAUAGCACAAGAAAAACAUCUAGGUUUCCUAAAAGAAACUCAUAACCCAAUCUUUGAUGCCCUGGACCUCGAUAAAGACGACCACAUUUCCCUGGACGAGUUCAAGGUGUAUUUUCAAAUAAUUGCUCCUGAUAUAUCUCAAGAUGAGAUGAAGCACUCUUUUAACGUGAUUGACUCGAAUAAGAGUGGUGAAAUCAGUCGUGAGGAAUUCAUCGCAGCUGCUUUCGAUUUUAUCCAUGGUUUUGAAGAAACAGAAAUCUCAAAAGUAUUCUUUGGACGUUUGCUAUGAUUAACUGCACGAAAAGUUAACUGAA